CAGAAUGGCGAUCAUCUCUCUGAUACCCAUAAGUCAGCCCGAUGACAAUUUCAUAAUGUAUUGGGAUGACAGUGUCGAGGGAUCGUUGCUGGUGAUGUUUGCUUAACGAAACCUGUCGUCGACGUUAUGGUAACUUUAUUUUUCGUCGUCUAUUGGCUCAACUGGAUCGGGCCUUGAUGCAUCGGCCGAUUGUUGGAGAGGAGCUAACCUGUUGUCUUCGGGCCAAACAGAGUGCACUGUCCGCAAUACGGCUUUUUUAUCGCGAUGCCGAGAAGGUUUUGUAUCCGCAAUGUGAGCUGGAUACGUUGGCGGCCAGCGAUGUUUACUUUGUGCUUGACGACGAGGAGAACGAACUGAAUUCGGCCGGAUAUGCCAGCGUAAAUUUUGAUGUCACGGAUUCAUUUCUAGAGAGUCUAUUGUAUCCGAAACGUGCUGAGCCCCUUCUAUCCAGAAAUAAAAUCAUUUUGUGAAUUUGUUCA